AAGAAAGCAGCUAGUUCGCAAACUGUAAAUUCCAUAACAUUAGCUUGAAAAGUUGAUACAUUCUAAUUGUUUACUUCUCGAGAAAAACGUGAAGCGGGAAAUUACGAAAGGGUUAUUCUUGUGAUUGAAGUGCAAAUCGAUCAUUCCUAAAGUUUGAAUUGCAAAUUUGGAACAACAUUGAAACGUGAAUAAAUUCUGUGAAUGGAAUAGGACAAACCUCGCCAAACGAUAAAACUACUGUUGGACAUGUUGAAAGAGUUUCCGGAAAACAACAAUAAUAACGAUUUGAAUACAGUGACGAUUAGCAAACACAGAGAUUACACAAAUAUUGAUACAGGGACUGCAAAUCCUUGUAACAGUUACCAUUCAAGCACAUCAACUGUGUGUCCUGUCACCGAACUUUCGAUGUAUUAUGAGGAGUGUGCUAAAAAUCCAGAAAUGGAUGUUUCCGAGAGGAUGAAGUUUGAAAUCAUUAGAUACUCGACAUUUAGCACUUUAAAGGACUGCCCAAUUGCUUUCAUGAAACUAUCUAAAGCAGGAUUCUACUACGAUACUGCUGCAGAAGUCAUUACAUGUUUUCAGUGUGGUUAUAUUUACAGUAAUAUCCAGUCAAACGACGACCCCAUGGAAAUCCACUUCAGGAAUUCACCUAACUGUGAUUUCGUUCAAAAGAAUUAUGAUGCUAGUCAUUUAGCUUCAAGCGAAGCCAGAGCAGAGAGUACUCAUUAUUCAAAUAGCGAAGGGGCCAGUGGUGGACCAUCGGACAUUCAUCAAUCAAACUCCUACCUAAGAGGAAAUGCUUCUCAAAGUGAUCAAAGUCGAACACAGACAGAGGAAGUACUGCAAUCUUCUAAAACAGAAAACCAGUCUGUAGUUUCUGAGAAUAACUAUCCAAACAACACCAGUUCUUCUAACAACAUAUCUGCCUGCUUGACACAAAUACCAUCUCAUUCAGCAUCUAGUCAUACAUCAGGUCAGCCAAAAAAGGCCAAGGAAAUAUUCAAAGACCUCGGAAUUUGCGUUGAAAAGCCCAAAUAUCCAAAGUAUUCUAUCUUAGCUACAAGAAUGACAUCUUUCAAGAAUUGGCCCAUAUCAAAUAUUGUAAGUCCCGAGGACCUAUCCAAAGCUGGCUUUUACUACAAUGGAUUAAAUGACACCGUCUGCUGCUUCUUCUGCGGCGGGAAACUGGCAGAGUGGGAACGGGGAGAUGAUCCUUGGAUUGAGCAUGCGCAUUGGUUUCCCAACUGUGAAUUUGUAAAACUGUGUAAAGGUGACAGUUCCCUCAAUCAUGAGCAAGAUAAAAAAGAAGAGUUAAUGCAACCUGAAGAUCCAUUCCAGUCUAUUGCUUUCCAAAGUGUGAUGGAAAUGGGAUACAGCAAAGAACAGAUCAAGACGGUUUAUAACAAAAUAGAAAACAGAGAAAACAUGUCUGCAGCGCAGCUGUUAGAAUUAUUAUUGGAUGCAGAGGAUCAGGAAUUAGAAAAGAACCAGUCUUCACAGAAAUAUCAGAUUCAAGAGGAAGGAGCAAAAUACAAUGAAGAAAAACAACACAAAAAGCAGGAGGGAGCUGAUGAAUCAAACAAACUUGAUCUGAAGACACUAGUUUCAGAAUACGAAGAAUUGAAAGGACAGACUACCUGUAAGGUUUGCUUGGAUGAAGAUGCCACCGUCGUUUUCUUGCCCUGUGGUCAUAUGUGUACCUGUGUCAACUGCGCACCUGCCAUGCGCAAGUGUCCGAUUUGUCGAUCCUUUGUGAAAGGAACAGUAAAAGCUAUAUUAAGCUGAAGA